CUCCCUAGCAUAGAAGCGCAUGCGACGAAGCCACUGCUGUUCACUACCGACAGGGACAGCUAGAGGAGCAGACAAGCGAGAAGGCGGUGAGAACGCGCGCACCAGCUAUUUUUCCCUUCCUUGCCGUCGAAGCAAUAACUGUUCCAAGUUGUUGAAUUCCCGAAGGAGAUCGGUGUAUAUAUAUAGAGAGAGAUUCCUUCUUCUUCUUCUGCGAUUCGAUCUGCUCAAACAUGUUCUUCGACAAUUUCUUGGAGAAGAAGAUGAUGCAGAGCAGCAAGCAGGGCGAGGAGGUCAUGCUGCGGGUUCACUUCCAGCAGCUGCAGCAUGGUAAUCAGUACUACGAGAGACCGGCGGAGUAUUCCGUCUGCGAGGACAGCUCGCGCUUCACCAGGGGAGAGAUUAGGAAGCAUUACAAGCUGGAAGGAGAGCAGGACGGGGCGGGGGAGAAAAGGAUACUGGCUGCAGGGGACGGGGCGACGAUCGAGGUGGCCAAGCGCCGGCGCGGACGCCCUCCGGGAUCCAAGAAUAAGCCCAAACCGGCUGAUUUUGCGGAGGAUACGGCGCAGCCGCCUUCGGCGGCGGCGUCGUCCGGCAUGGGGUGCCACGUGCUCGAGAUCCCUAGCGGCGGGGACGUGGUUGACUCGCUGGAGCGCUUCGCGCGCCAGCGAGGCCUCGGGGUAUGCGUGCUAGGAGCCUCCGGCGCCGUCUCGAACGUGGCGCUACUGCAGCCGCCGGAUGCUACGGUGGCGUUCCGCGGCCGGUUCGAGAUCCUGUCGAUGUCCGCGACGGUCCUGCCACCGGCGAUGGCGGCGCUGGGAUCCACCAGGACGACGGUGUCGGUGUCCAUGGCAGCACCAGGGGGGCAUGUGAUGGGCGGGACGGUGGCCGGGCCUCUGACUGCGGCGGGGACGGUGGUGGUCGUCACGGCGGGGUUCGCGAACCCGACAUUCCACCAGCUGCCGGCGGAGGACGACGUCUCCGUGUCCGUCUCCGUUUCCGGAGGGAGCGAUGAAACGGAGGAGAACAAGCAUCAAAGCAAACACCGGAUGCCCAUCUACAGCGGUCACGUGUCGCCGGACGUCGUUUGGCCGACUGCCUCCCGGCCGCCGCUGCCUCCGCCUUACUGACUUUAAAUAAAAGAAAUUUUCAUUCUGCCUCAAAAAAAUUAGUUUAUUUUCAAAUUGCCCUUGUAAUUUUAGAAUAAAAAAAUAUACCUUUUUAGAAAUUUUCAAUAAUUAUAUGACGGAUAAACUUGUCUCCCGGCACGCGUGGAAGACUUUCUGCAAUGAGAAUUCAAAUUUCACA